AUGUUGGCUGAGAGACAACUAGGGAUGCUCCACAAUACCACAGAGUCAAACCUGAGAGAGCAUGUCAAGGCUAUCACCUUGAGAUCAAGUAAGCAGUUAUCUAGUUCUUUACCUACUAUUGAUGAUGAUGUUAUUGUGCAUGAUGAGCCAGCCAGGACGGAUCUAGAGCCUGAGAUGCCCAGGUAUGCGAGGUUCUUGAAGGAGAUUCUAAGCAACAAGAGGAAGUUGGAGGACUUGGGACUUGUGACAUUAAAUGAGGAGUGCUCAGCCAUUUUUCAAAACAAGUUGCCAGUGAAGCGGCAUGAUUUAGGAAGUUUUACUGUAACUUGUAUUUUUGGUGAUUUGCCUAUUAGUGAUGCUUUAGCUGAUUUAGGUGCUAGCAUCAAUCUAAUGCCUAGUAGUUUGUUUGAGAAAUUAGGUUUGAGUGAGCCUCAACCUACUAGGAUGAGCAUACAGUUAGCAUAUAGGACUGUGAAAUAUCCUAGGGGAAUAGUUGAGGAUGUACUUGUUAAAGUAGACAAGUUUAUAUUUCCUGUUGACUUUGUUGUUAUGGAUAUGGAGGGCGAGAGUAGUGUGCCUUUAAUUCUAGGUAGACCUUUCCUUGCAACAUCUAGGGCUGUUGUAGAUGUGUGUGAUGGGAAGUUACAACUUAGAGAAAUAUUACUUGAUGAUCCUUUGCAGGUAGCAUUACAGGCUGAUGAGGAGGAGGAGUUGUCCAACGAGGAUGCGUUGGAGCGACUUGCUUGUUUACUGGCUAGCCCAGCAGGUCUACUGACCAUUUUGUUGAUAUUGACAAGUCAGGGGUGCAGAAAUUGA